GUUUAACUUCGCCAGAUGUCGCUGUUGAAAUAAAAAGUAACGAAAAUCCAAGAUGGCGUACAGAAAGAGGAAUUUCAACUGAAAGAAGACAGAAGGGCUAUGACUUUCUGCAAAUAAAAUAUUGAAACAUUUUGCUCAGACCAAUUUAGAAUGUCAGAAGUUGUGAUAAUUUAUUUACUAUUUGGAAUUUGAGAAGUGGUUGAUGACUUCCAUGUCUAUCUUGUUAUUUAAGAAAGAAUGAAUCAAGAGAGGAUGACUAGAGGGCAAGGCUGGCCACCAGGUACUGAAGUUGUUGGUCGUUACAAUUUCAAACCUUCUUCAGAAGAUGAUCUCUCAUUUCAGAAAGGCGAUAUAAUGACAAUUGUUACUCCUACUAGGGAUCCUAACUGGUAUCGAGCUCGUCAUAUAGAUGGUCGAGAGGGUCUUAUACCUACUAAUUAUAUCCAUCGUCGCUCUGAAGUAAAACUAAAUGCAAUGCCAUGGUUUCAUGGAAAGAUUACAAGAGAAGAUGCAGAAGUUUUACUUAAACCAAGAGAAGAUGGGUUAUUUUUAGUUAGAGAGAGUACAAACUUUCCAGGCGAUUAUACAUUGUGUGUAUGUUUUAAAGAUAAAGUGGAACAUUAUAGAGUCAUUUAUAAAGAUAAUAAACUGACAAUUGAUGAAGAAGAAUUUUUUGAAAAUUUAUCUCAAUUGGUUGAGCAUUAUCAAAAAGAUGCUGAUGGAUUAUGUACAAAAUUAAAAGAAUCUGUACCAAAGAAAGGAGGUCUAGAAUUUUCAGUUGAUUCUCAUGCAUUUGAAGUGGCUGGUUGGGUGAUAAAAAUGCAAGAUCUUAAAUUAGGAGAGGUCCUUGGCAAAGGAGAAUUUGGAGAUGUUCUUCUUGGAGCCCAUCGAAAUAAAAAAGUUGCAGUCAAAGUUUUAAAAGAUUCCAGUAAAGCUGCUCAAAAUUUUUUGGCUGAAGCCUCAGUUAUGACAUCUCUUAAACAUAAUAAUCUCGUCCAACUGUUAGGCGUAGUGUUUGAUGGUCCAUCCAUUUACAUUGUUACAGAAUAUAUGGCCAAAGGAUCUUUAGUCGAUUAUUUGAGGUCCAGAGGACGUUUACAUGUUUCAAAAAGAGACCAAAUAAAUUUUGCAACUGAUACAUGUGCUGGAAUGGAAUAUUUAGAGUCAAAGCAUGUUAUACAUCGUGAUCUUGCUGCUAGAAAUGUUCUGAUAUCUGAAGAAUGUGUAGCAAAAGUUUGUGAUUUUGGUCUUGCACGUGACGAAACAUUUAAUCUAGAAGGCGGUAAAUUUCCUAUUAAAUGGACGGCUCCAGAAGCUCUCAGGUACAGUAAAUUUUCUAACAAGUCAGAUAUGUGGAGUUUUGGAAUUUUACUUUGGGAAAUUUACUCUUUUGGAAGAGUGCCUUAUCCAAGAAUUCCACUUGCUGAUGUGGUAAAACAUGUAGAGAAAGGAUAUCGAAUGGAAGCCCCAGAAGGUUGUCCACCAGAAGUAUAUGAAAUAAUGCGACAUGCCUGGGAUCUUGAUCCAGAAAAGAGGCCAACAUUCAACGAAGUUCAAAAGAAACUUGAAAAUAUACGUUCGCUCACUCUUUGACUGCAAGACAUUAAUUUUAAUAUCUCUCCUGUUAUUAACAAGAUAUGAUUAUCUUUGAAUCACAUAGUGGUUUCUGAGGUCCAUCCUGAUGUUGUGCCUUUGCAUGACCUAAGUUUAAUAUCUUGUGGUUAGGAAUCACAAUGUAUUUCACUUUCAGAACGAAGAGUCUUAUUCCUAACUCUUUCAGUCAUUUAAGAUAGUGUGGACUAGUAUUCCACAGAAGCUACGUAUCAGAAUAGUUGUUGUACAGUCUUGUGUGGUCAAGUUUUUAAAUUAUCAAAGUUUGCAGUUUGUCGAUUGCAGAUUCCUUUCGAGAGAAAGCAAUCAUUGGAUAAUUUUGGAAUUUGCUAUUUUUUGUACUUUGUUUCUAAAUAUUUUUCAGCUUGUCGAAACAAUAGUAUUAAAGAUAAUUUUACAUUCUACAAACUUUUUGUAUACAUUCAUGAAAAAUAUUUGAAAUAAUUUGACUUCCAGAUUGCUGCUUCCAAUUACUUUUUGAAAAAAGAUACUUAAUGUUUGCAGUCAUGUGAUUAAAAUAUAUAUAUAUAGAUUGUCUUUGUACAAUUGUGAUUAUAUGUAUUGAUUUUGUUUCAAAACAAAACAUAAUCAAGAUAAUCUGUUAAAGUUAAGUUGAAAGUACUAGUAUUUUUCAAUCAGUGCCUUUGUCUUGUUUAUUGUCCUAUAUUGCUUCCCCUUUUUUUAAUAAUAAUUUGGUAGCACAACUAACUAAUCAGCACAAGAAAAAAUAUCAUGUAAAACAUUUUGGUAAUAAAAUGCUUGUGUUUUAUAUUUAUCAUUUCAUAAGAAGUUAAACGACAUUUACAGUUGUAUCUGAAAAUUUGAUUAAAAAUCUUCAUAUAUAUAUUAUAUUACAUUUGUAAUAUUGCUAUAACAAAUCAAUUUGGUAAUUUUUUUUAGUUAAUUUAAUGAAAAUUCUAGAAUUUAAAACAUAUUCAUGUCAACUGUUUAAAGUAAUUAGUGAUUUUGAAAUAUUGUUGACUUAAAAGAAAUAUCUCC